AUGGAGCAGGAAAGUGUCAGGGAGGAGCUGGGUAUCCCCCUCUACAAGAUGUUCAUUGAGGGCUGGGCACAGGUGAAGGAUUUCCAAGCCCGUCCAGAUGACCUGCUCAUCUCCACCUACCCCAAAUCAGGCACGGCGUGGCUGAGCGAGAUCAUGGACAUGAUCUACCAAGAUGGCGAUGUGAAGAAAUGCCGACGGGAUGCCAUCUACAACCGUGUGCCCUUCCUGGAAAUGAAGGACUCUGGGAUACCGAGUGGUGUUGAGCAGCUGGAGAACACCCCAUACCCAUGGCUCGUAAUGACCUAUCUCCCAGUCCAGCUCCUCCCACAGUCCUUCUGGGAGAAGAACUGCAAGAUUAUCUACAUGGCCCGCAACCCCAAGGAUGUUGUCCUCUCCUACUACUACUUCUACCAGAUGGCCAAGUUACACCCUGACCCUGGCACACUGGCUGAGUUCCUGGAGACCUUCCUGGCUGGCAAAGCAGCCUACGGGUCCUGGUAUGACCAUGUGCAGGGCUGGUGGGAGAAAAGAAAGGAGAAGAAGAGCCUGUAGCUCUUCUCUGAGGACAUGAAAAAGGGGAGGGACCCACGUCAGGAAGUGAAGAAGAUCCUGCAUUUCCCGGGCAAGGAGGUGGCGGAGGGAACGGUGGAGAGGAUCCUUCACAACACUGCCUUCCAGGCGAUGAAGAAGAACCCUGCUGCCAACUAUGAGACCAUGCCCACUGCCCUGAUGGACCACAACCUCUCCCCCUUCCUCCGUAAAGGGAUCUGUGGAGACUGGAAGAACUACUUCACUGUGGCCCAGAAUGAGCACUUCGACCGGCACUACAUGGCAGGCUCCGACCUCCACUUCCAGAUGGAGAUGUGA